AUGGAGUCGGAGAUCAUUGAACAGCCCAAUCAGAGGAGCACCAAGACACACCCCGCCAUCAAGGUGCACAACUACAAUGGCCCCCUGCGUGUCCGCGUCUCCUUGGUGACCAAGAACCCACCUCACAAGCCCCACCCGCACAAACUAGUGGGGAAAGACUGCAAACAUGGCUACUAUGAGGCAGACCUGCAGGAGAGACGAGUACACAGUUUUCAGAACCUGGGCAUUCAGUGUGUGAAGAAAAAGGAUGUGGCCGAGGCAGUUUCCUGUAGGCUGCAGACCCAAAACAACCCCUUCAACAUUCCUGAGGUGAACAUGUGGGAGGAGGAGUUUGACCUAAAUGUAGUGAGGCUGUGUUUCCAGGCCUCGAUCACUCUGCCUACCGGGGAACUCUGCCCUCUGGAUCCCGUGGUGUCCCAGCCCAUCUACGACAACAGUGAGUCUGCUAUAUACACAGACACACGCACACAUUGCAGUUUGACAGGGCAGGUGUUUCUGACGGAGGGGGAGGUGCUGUACAAGACUGUCCAAUGGGACGAGACUCCUGCAUUCUACAGGUCGUACUCAUGCAGGUGCCCUGUUCAGAUCCUCAGGGGUCUGCCCGUCAGCUACAUCUCCCACACUGUGAGAUUCCCUCUGGCGAAGCGGCAACAGACAGGGAACACUUACGUACAGGUCUGUUCGGACUGCAUUCUCACUCGAGGGGAAACAUACAGUCUGAAGACUGAAGAAGAUAACCCCUAA